AUGACACAGGUGUCCAAAUUGGUGGAAGACAUCUCGAGACUGCAGGCGGCACUGUCGGGGGUGAAGGAGGCGACGGCCGCUCAGAUGCACGCCAUGGAGGAACAACUCGAGCAGAAGAACAGACUCAUCCAGCGCCUCGAGUUUAAGCUGGAACACUCGAGCCUUGAGGAAACCAAGCGGGACCUACAGAACAUCCGGGAAGGAAGGAUGGGGCCGGAAGGUCUCGGUCUGCCCCCUCGGUCGCUAGAGAGCCUACUGGCCGACCGCUCAAAAGCAGAACACGACCUCAAAAUAUCCACCUCGGAGUUCGGUAAGCAGUUUCACGAGGUCUACGGUCCACUGCCUCCGAUGGGCCACGCGCACCUCCACCCUCCGCUGAGGCCACACCUUCCACCCCCUCUCGCACCUCCCCCUAUGGCCUCCCCCCUUCAGCCCCUGGCACCGCACCCCCCGCCAGGCACUCCUCUUCACCACCUCUUGGGGGAGGAGUGGCGACGCUCCCUGGAGAGGUCAGCACAAGAACGCCAUCACCUCAACUCAGAAAGAAAUUACUAUGAUAUGGUGAAAUUUGAGGCAUUUUCUGGACGUGAGAUGAUACAGCCGCAUCGGCGCUUUGCAGCCCUGGCGGGUCAGAUGUCCCCCGACAGCGGAGGAGGUCAGGUCGAGCGCUCGGACUCCAGGGACUCUCCCCUCGGUGACGUCAGCAUGAAGAGUCCUUCCUCCCUCGUCAAUGGCUUCCCCCACGAGACCAAGAGUCCCUUCCAGUCCAGGGACGACCGCUCACCCUUCAAGGAGGAGAUCCCCUCCCUGGCCUUCAAGUUCGAAGACCGGAUUACUGGAGAGUCACUCAUUCCCAAGGGCGACCCCAUGGAGGCCCGGCUGCAGGAGAUACUGAGGUUCAACAUGGAGAAGUUUUGUCAGCAGAACUUAGACACACUCAACCUGGCCCGACGAGUACGGGAACUCCUCUCCAUUCACAACAUCGGCCAGAGACUGUUUGCAAAAUACGUUCUUGGGCUUUCACAAGGCACCGUGUCUGAGCUCCUGUCCAAGCCUAAGUGUUGGGACAAACUGACCGAGAAAGGGCGAGAUUCUUACCGCAAGAUGCACGCCUGGGCUACCGACGACAACGCCGUCUUCCUCCUCAAGUCCCUCAUCCCCAAGAAAGCUUGCCGUAGGAAACCCGAAUCAUGCCUGGUGCCUAAUGGUCUCUUAACAGGUUCGAAGGAGGCGGGCGUUGGGUACCGAGGUCCCGACGAGACGGUGACGGAGGAAAGGAUCCAACACAUCCUAAGUGAGGCGUCUCGAGCCAUGACCUCUACCUCGGUCCCCAGCCAACCCGGCCAGCAAGACCAAGAUUCACGGAGCACCGAUUCCAAGUCUCCAGCCAGCUCCACACACUCCCCCAGCAGCCCCCUCUCACGAGACAGUCGGCCGCGCAUCCGAAAAUUCGACAACGAUGACAUGCCGCAGGAAAAAGUCGCCAGAAUCUACCAGGAAGAACUUGUCAAAUUGAUGUCACGACCCCAGGAACCCCCACUACCCCUACCACGGGAUCCUCAGUACCCAGGGAUCCUCUUCCCCUUCCUGGGACAAUCGCUGCUCUUCAAUAGAUCUCCUGAAGAAGUAAAGAUGGCCCUAGACGCCUACCAUCAGGAGCUGAGUAAACUACAGGGCACUGCUACUGGCAUGGGUCUAGGCGCUGCUGGUUUGGGUAUGGGUGGCGCUGGAGGUUUGGGCGUGGGCGUCGGAGGCUCCCUAGGCAUGGGCGUUAGUUUGGGCGCCGGUGGGCUUCACAACGGUGCCCAAGACCUCUCGCUACCCAAGAGAGAACAUCGAGGCAUGGACGAGGAAGAAGAUGGCCGUAAUCUGAGUGUGACGUCACCCUUCGGUCCUAGCAGAUCAAAAGCGGAAACGAGUCUAAGCACGGCCACACCUCUGGGCAACUUAGUAACACCCAUCACCUCAAUCGCAGUUAGCAGCGCCGGGGAAGACCUGAACGUGUCGGCGUCGCCUCUACAGCGUAUGGCCUCCAUCACCAACUCUCUCAUGACGGGGCCCUCCAUCAACACCAACUCCCCCGUCCCACAAAAGCCCCUCAAGGCCAUCCUGCCGCCUAUAACGCAGCAACAGUUCGACCAGUACAGCAGUAUGAACACUGAGGAGAUUGUCAAGAAGGUGAAGGAACAGCUGAGUCAGUACAGCAUCUCACAGCGGCUGUUCGGAGAGUCUGUGUUGGGUCUCUCUCAGGGCUCCGUGUCCGACCUGCUGGCCAGACCUAAACCGUGGCAUAUGCUCACCCAGAAGGGCCGGGAACCGUUUAUCCGUAUGAAGAUCUUUCUGGAGGAUGACAACGCCGUGCAUAAGCUGGUAGCCUCCCAGUACAAGAUAGCCCCUGAGAAGCUAAUGAGGACAGGAGGCUACACUGCCCCGCCACUGUAUUUAGUCGGUGGGUGUCCACUGCCUGGGGGCUUAACGGCCCCAGGGUCGCGUCUCCCAGGGGUGUUGUCCACUACUGGCUCACCUACCCUUCCAUCAUACACAAGCACCAACAAGCCCCUGCACCACCUCAAGCUUCCGCCGGACCUUCCCAAGAGCAUGGAGUCGCCUCUUCCGCCCGUGGGUAUCCCUCCCUCCCUCGGUGGCCUCCCUCUCCCGUCACACCCCAUGUCCUUUGAUGCCAGGAUGCCGCUCCUCGACCCCCUCAGGAAGGCUGGGAUGUGUGGUGUGCGCGCCCCGGGACCAGUAACGCCUUCAGUGUACGAGAUGGCUGCCCUGACCCAAGACCUGGACACACAGACCAUCACUACAAAGAUCAAAGAGGCUCUACUGGCUAACAACAUUGGACAGAAGCUGUUUGGCGAGGCAGUGCUGGGGCUGUCUCAGGGAUCAGUCUCGGAGCUGCUGAGUAAACCCAAGCCAUGGCACAUGCUCAGUAUCAAGGGCAGAGAACCAUUCAUCCGUAUGCAGUUGUGGCUCAGCGAGUCUCGUAACCUGGAGAAGCUACAGCAACUGAAGAACGAGCGACGGGAAGCCAACAAGCGACGACGCGCCUUGGAUCCUACAGUAGAAGUGUCACAAGACUCCCAGGAUGUAUUCCAGGCUCCUUCACCCGGAGGCUCCUCAAAGAAACAACGUGUUCUGUUCUCAGAGGAGCAGAAGGAAGCACUCCGGCUGGCCUUUGCACUCGACCCUUACCCAAACUUAGCCACCAUCGAGUUCUUGGCCCAGGAGCUGCAGUUGUCCACUCGCACCAUCACUAACUGGUUCCACAACCACCGCAUGCGGCUCAAGCAGCACCCAGGUAGUCCAGGCGACAGUUCACCUUCAUGUGACCAGCCACCUCCAGGCCAGCCACAAGGGCAGUCCUUCGACCCCCUCCACUUCCGUCUUCUCCUCUCUCAGCGACUGAUGGAACUGAGGAAGGAGAAGGGUCUACCCCCCACCAUGGCGGGUCUGGGUCCCGGUCUGCCCCAUGGUCUCUUCCCACACUUCCCACACCUGGGACCACAUGGUCUGGGCGGCCAACCCCUGGACCGAGAUAUUGGCAGUGGUCUCGAUCUCAGCAUGAAACCAGAUAAUGACUAUGAUGACUCAUCGCUGGUGGAUGAAGAUUCCAAUAUGUCCGGUGCCAUGAGUCCAGGUGGAGGCGGACGGUCGGAGGGUGAGGGUGAGGACCGUGACGGCCGGGGAGCUCCCUCACCUGUCUCUCGGUCCUCUCGUCGAAAGCCCGCCGCUCCUCAAUGGGUGAAUCCCUCCUGGGCGUCUGGUGAGGGUGGCAAGGAGCGAGAGGUGAUCAUUAACGGAGUGUGCGUCAUGCAGACAGAUGACUACCGUUUGCGUGAACAGGAGACAGUACGUAUAGAACCAACCCCGGUAGAUGAGGCUCGAGCCCGUUCACUGAAGGAGGAAGCAGAGGAGGAGACAGAGACAGAUCAGCAGCCAGCCUCCAAUGUACCCUCCUCCCCGCGCCCAGACACCAUGGAGGGAGAGCAGGUGACGUUGCAAGAGGAAGAUUCUUCCACUGUGCAGGAGGAACCCACGCCCAGCCAAGAGACCAUCAAGGAGGAGGCUGAAGUAGAGGAGGAGGAAGAGGCGUGAUGCUAGCAUCGGCCUAAAACGACGCUUUUGGAUUCCAGAGUUUAUCCCGUUGUUCUUAGCGUGUUGUUGUUCGUGCAUUAUACCAAAUGUUUCGUCCCGUCGGCAAGUGGUGAGCUUCGCAAAGUCGGACGAUGAUGCCAAGGUGUUGUGUCGCCGGAGAGCCUCGUGGAAUCUCUUAGGCACAUUGUGGGCCUUUAAAAUCACAAUUUAGACUCUCAAGUCAUAAGUCCUACAAAAUGUCAACCUCUGUUAUUUUAUUAUGAAAUGUUCGUGUGUUUUACUUGUUAACUUGUCUAAAGAUUUGUAUAUAUAUUUCCCAAGUUUUGAUCAAGCUCCCCUUAGGUUAGGUGACUUCAGGUAUUUAGAAUGCCAUAAUGCUGAACUGUUCUCUGCUUGUUGCCAACGUGACAGUGGUGGGAACUCCGACCCCUGUACAGUGCUUCGUGUGCAGGGGACCCACAAAGGCCCCUCGUUACAGGUGGUCUCACAAGACGAGUGUUUCGUACCAGUGAAAUGGUCGAAUCCUGAUAUAAAAAAAUACAAGUAUAUGCCCCUGUGAGAUAAGGAUAUAUUCCGGUGAUCCCUUCAUUGACCAAAUAGUACAGAGUAGAACCAAAUAGUAACCCCGUUUCCCCGAGUGAGACGAGCAAGUAACCGUGGAAAAAGGUAAACAAACACUCUGGCUUGGGUACAGACACACACCUCCUCGUGUGUCCAGGAAACAAACGCUCGAGACUGUUAGUUCUAGUCUUUUAUUUCUCAACUAAUUUCACAUUUUUUCAUCGUUCAGUGAAUUAUUCGUACAUGAGGUAUCCAUCUAGUCUAUGGAUUCAGCAUUGGUUAUUCAAGAUUUCAUGAUCUCUCGUAGCCUUUCCCAGUGUGUUCAAAGAGAAGACUUUUCUGCGCCGGCUUCAAGAGUGGCAAGAGACCAUUGAUUAUGUGCGUAAUGAAACUACCCCCCGCCCUGCCCCGCCCCGCCCUGAACCUGCCCUGCCCUGCCCUGCCCUGCCCUGCCCUGCUCCCAGCCUCUUCCCGGGAUGAAUGGCCAAUGAUUAUCAACCAAGUGUAGUGAACUAGCAAUGGAAGACAAAAAUAAAAGAAGGGGAGGACAAAAAGACCCGGACUGUUUACUGUAGCGUGACUCGUGCGCUGUACAUGACUGGUGGAGCCGCCGAGCGGGACUUGUGUGAGGGACUCCUGCGGUUGUCUGGUGAUGAAAUAAGACAUCAAGCUUGUGCCCGGGAAGGUUCUUGAGGCCAGACACGAGGAAGAGGACACGGGGAGGUUCUUACGGCCAAGGAAGAGCAAGAGGACGAAGACAUGGGCAUUACUGACCAAUCAUCACCCGCGUGUCCGGAGAUAUGUGUGUAUAUGUAUGUGUGGCCGUGAGUGACGGUGGGUAAAGAACAGGAGCUGUAUCGCUUGUCUUGUUAUUGAUUAUAAGGUUUAAGAGUGAGUAUCUGUGGAAAUUUGUACAAUAUUUUGACUCAACUUUUUUUUUCUUACUUCAAAUAAUUUAUAUUUAUAAUAACUUUGUAACGUCUCUUACUAAGGCCAGUUAAAAUCCUCUGCGAGAAUUACUCACACGAAGCACUAAGAGCUCACCUAAUCGAACCUGCUGAUGACAAUCGUUAAAUAAGUACUCAUUAUAUCAUCUAUUCGCCCAUUAAACUAACGACAUCUUGUAAUUACUCCAAAUAAGUUGACGAUUAUAUACCGUAUCGCAAUUAAUAUAAUGAAUGACCCAGACAAGAGAAUCUCAACCUUAGAACACAUACGUAUUAUUAUUAUUUUUUGUUUUCUUCAGCAAAUAAAAAAAAAUGCGUCUUUAUAGCCCAUUCAGGAUAAGUUCAGCAAUUGACUGUAAUAAUUCAGUAACAACAAAGUGACAGACACGAGAUUUUUUUUUUUCAUUAUCUCAUCCCAAGAGAACGUCGAGACUCAUGUGAGACAUUUCAAGGUGUAUCUAAUGAGAGAUGUUCUCUUGGGGGGGGAGGGGGGGAUGGAGACCCUUCUUAUGGCUGUGAUCACGCGUCUCCUCCACCCCGGGUACCUGACUCCUCCACCCCGGGUACCUGACUCCUCCACCCCGCGACACACCUCCACCCCAGGUACCCGACUCCUCCACCCCGGGUACCUGACUCCUCCACCCCGCGACACACCUCCACCCCAGGUACCCGAUUCCUCCACCCUGGGUACCCGACUCCACCACCCCGCGAAUCACACCUCCACCCCGGAUAUCUGACUCCUCCACCCCGCGACACACACCUCACUUGCCCUAUUUUCUAAACCUGCUUAACUCUAUCUAUAACUGAAUUGCCCUAAUUAUUAGCUUAAAUUGCCCCAAAACCAGACUUUACUUGCCCUCUCCCACAUCAUCCCUCCGACCAGACGACGAGUCCUGACCACCUCCACGAGACCCUUACCACCCUGAUUUCAGUCCCGACUUUUUCCUCCAUCCCCCGACACCCGACAACAACGCCGCCCGACCAGCAAGAGGCCCGCCCACCCUCGGCGGGUCCGGGUGAGGGCGUGGAGCCUAUUGUAGUGGCCGGAGAGUGACAUUUGACUUACUCUUCCCCGCCAAACGAUUUGUUCAAAUUUUCCGUGUGACCGAUAAUGAUAAUUGUGUCCGUUCCGGGGAAUUUUUCUGUGACUGUGUGUGUGUGUGUGUGUGUGUGUGUGUGUGUGUGUGUGUGUGUGUUUUAAGUACCUAUUCGUGUGUGAGAAUGUGUACUUUAAACUCCUAAGUCCGUAUACAGUCAAGUACGUAUAGAGUCAUGUACGUAUACAGUCAUGUACGUGCACCAGAUACCGACACAAAACACUUCAUGACUCACCACCAAAAAAUAAAAAUGAAAUAAAAAUCUCCGCCGGAUAAGAACAAUUAUCAUUAUAAUCAUUAUAGGUUCCAAUUUUUACCUACUAUUGAACAAUCGUAGGAAGUCUUCCGAUGGUACCAAUAGCACUGUCAUCCCUCCUUCCUUCCCUCCCUCCCUACCUACCUACCUCCCUCUUCCCUCCACCCCUACCUACCUCUCUCCACCCAUUACCUUUCUUCUCUCUUCUUCUUCUUCUCUCUCUCCCCUCCGAGCAGGAAGACUGAAAUUACCCAAAGAAGUCAAUAGGCGGACCACUUACAAAAGAGACAGUUCCGCUCGAUGGCUCUCCAUACUUUGUCAUACACAUUAUUAUAAUACUCACGGGAUAAUGUUAAAAAAGAUAGGGGAGCAAAUUCAUGAUCUUCUUCCUGACGAGAGAGAGAGAGAGAGAGAGAGAGAGAGAGAGAGUAGAGAGAGAGAGAGAGAGAGAGAGAGAGAGAGUAGAAUGAAUGGUGAAUGAUACAUUAAAACGAGAAUUAAUUGUAUAAACAAGUAUAGAUGAUAGAGUGUAUUAUACGGAGGAGGAUGAAUACAACUACGGACUAGAUGUAUGAUGAGUGUGAUGAUUGUUUAAGUGUGUGUGUAAUGACUGAGGCAGGGUGGUGAUGGGGGUGGCGAUGGGCGGGUCUUGACUCGUGGUGAUCACCUGUGUUAAUCUAAUUACGCUGGGCUGCAUCCAUCCUAUAUUUAUGGAUGUGGCAACGAGCCUAUGUAAAGUCAUUUUCGUUUUCCAUUUGUGGUUGGAAACGAGGGUGACGCUGAGUGAUGGACCCCUGGCAGGAAUAAUGAGCUGAUUUCGCAUUUUGAUUUGCAAUUUGUUGUAUUUUGCAUACGCUUCUUUUGGCGUGUCUUUCAGGGAUAACAAUGCAGUGUGUUGCAGGUCGAGGAGGCAAGUUCCCCUUGCAUGUGUGAUGAGGACAACUGGGAACUGUGUUUGUCUUUUUUUCCUCAGUCGAAAUUGUCUCCAGAAAUGUCAGGUAUUUUCCUGUGUUUGAUGUUACCAGAGGAUGAAUAUUGUACAACUUUCCACAAGAAGGACGUUUGUUUUAAGUAGGAAAAAAUUGUUUUAAUAAUUAAGUUGUCGUUAAUUGAACGUUUCGCGGUGAGUUAUACCGGUGAGUCUUAAGUGACAGGUGAGAUGUAGCUGAGGAAGUGAUGUCGCACCUGACGUCAACACACCUGUCAUGGUGUGGCUGUGACGUCAGGGUGACCCUAAGUUAGCAAGGUCUGAAGAUGUGGCUAUGACGUCAGUGAGGCCUUGUAGAUCUACACUAUUGUUUACAGGUGUUGUAUUAUGUAUAAACAAAACAAGAUGGAUCUUUUUCCAAGUCAUUUUUAUUGUUCUUAUUCGUUGAUUAUUUAUAUAUAUAAUUACAAUUUUUUAAGCAAUAUUAAUUAUUUCGUGUAAGCUGUUGAACUGUGAAUUAUUUAUCCAUGAAGGAGAGGACAGUGACAAGCCACGUAGGGAGGUGGUGACGUGAGGCGGUAACACAGACAGGGGCGCUCAUGUAAGGCUUAUACUCGUUCUAGAGUGAUGGUGAGGCAGGUAGUGUUAAUUACAGGUGUUUCAGUAGACCUCUCACCUCCACGUAGCUCUCAUGGCAACAUUUAAUCACUGGAAAAGUAAAUAAAGAGGAAAAAUGACAAGUUUGUGUGAGAAAAGAGGAAAACUUUUACAAUUGUAUUGAUUUUUUCUACAUUAUUUAUUGAUUAUAUUUUCCUUCUCUUGUUAUUAUUGAAGAGAGUUGUAAUAAAAUAUCUUCACAGUACCACGGUCAGCAUGUCUGUUGUCUCACACUUCUCGCAACACACUUCACACCCCAGUACUGGAACAUUUAUGUAGAGCACACACACACACACACACACACACACACACACACACACACACACCUGAUCAGCACACUGACUCGUGAAAUAUGCUUAAUGAUUAAUACAGAGACCAUUAAUGUACUCUGAUUAUAUACUGACUUCAUUAGCGUGCUUAGUGAUUAAUACUGGGUUCAUUAAAUGUAUUUGAUAAUUGCUGGAGAAAAAUUCAUUAAAUGUAUUUAGUGAUUAGCGCUGAGCUCGUGAAGUGACUCGUAAUAAUAUUGAAGACCUUUGAUGAUUUUACGAAAUAAAUGGUAAUCCCGUUCAAAGAUGAUCAAAUACAGUGAUUUUUGCUUAAGACGGUCACGUAAUUAUAGUAACCCUUGAUAACUUGUACCUGCAUAGCGGUACAAAAAAGUGCUAACCCACCAGACUCGCUAAGGAUCAUUUUCCAGAGGAUUUGGUGAGUUUAAUAGACUGUCUCGAUAGAUGAUAAUGUCCUGUCAUUAAGAGGCAGUGUCUCAAGGGCACCACAGAGCACUGAGGGCAAGUCUUCAGGUGAUGCCUCAUCCCCGUGACGUCAAUAUCCUGCCUUAGAUAAACAAACCUCAACACUGCAACUCGUACAAUCCAGUUUACGUUGCCACUCAAGAAGGCGCAAGUUUUAAGAGUAGCAGGUGGAUGUUGUCGCCCUGAGUCUUGGUGAGCAUUAGUCUCAGUUAGUCUGGGGGAAGGACGAAAAUUAUUCAUUAUGCUCACUGCCGGGAUGUCGUCCAUGUUGACAGGGGGCUACGUUUCUCAAAUUAUAUAUAUAUAUAUAUAUAUAUAUAUAUAUAUAUAUAUAUAUAUAUAUAUAUAUAUAUAUAUAUAUAUAUAUAUAUAUAUAUAUAUAUAUAUAUUCCACUGAAACACUGAGUAGUGAGGAAGUCAGUGAGGUGUACUCGACGUGGUCUGUCUGUCUGUCUGUCUGUAGUUGAAAGCACUUACAAGUGAGGUUCAUUUGUACGAUACAAAUACAGGAGCGCAUAGUGUUACUGCACUGUGUUGUGGGACUCAAAUAGCCAAACAGGUUGCAUUUAUUAUUGCAAAGUUGUUAAAGACCACAAUGGCUGCCGAGGGUGGUGGUGACCAGCCCACCGCCCGGGCUCCACCGUCUCCAACUUUUCAACAAUAAUCAACCGAAUGGAAGCAAUUAUUUACAAAGACAAUCAAUUAUUUCCCCCAUUCACACCAUCUGUCCUCAUGGUUAUAAUUAUGUAAAAAAAGAAUACAUAGUUAAGAGACAAUAGUAUCAUUUUGACCUAUCAGGAGGAAUGUGAUCUGAGAGGUGAUUGGUUGUGAGGAAGUUCACUAUUUACCAUGAUAAACAAAUAGUAACUUUACUAUCAGAUGUAAUCACACGCCAGAGGCCAUUCCUUCUUUUGUGAACCUUUUCAGAUCUCCUGACCUGUAGCUGACACUCCGCUGGGUAGAAAAUAUAUAUAUAUGAAUUAGAAUUCCAGUGUAUGUUGUUUUUUUAAUGAAAUAUGUACGUACUAGGAGGAGAAGAUGUGGAUUACAUAAGUUGAGGACGGCCAGCUAGUGUCUGUCUCUGUAAUGACUGACUACAUUACCAGGAUAAUUACCAUAUUGUUUGUAAUUAAUUGUGUGGUUUUCGUGCCUUCCUUGUUUCCUUGUUCGUUAAUUUGUUUGUUUGUUCUCCUGUUAGCCACGCAGUAUUCCUAUCUGGCACAGAAAUUCUGAUGUACGUUAGUCUGUCUGUCGAGGGAAUAUUUGAACAUGAUUAGCUGAUUAUAAUUUUUUUAUUUUUUUUUUAGGAACCUGUAUAGUGUCCUCUUAGACAAUAUUUCAUUCCAAUGAUAUUCCAGAACCCCGUAUGCUGAAUAGUGGAUGACAAUGUGGUGUGUUGAUCAAUAAUGAGCCUUAGAUGUGGGUGUCAUAAAGAGCGCUUUUUUCUGUUCCUUCAAAAACUAAGUGACAGUGAUUGUGUGUGUGGGAGGCUGUUGAUCACGUGUAAGAGAUUCACGAGGGACAGAGAUCUCCUGUAAUUGCGCAGCGCCCUGACUGAGAAAAGUGCGCAGCGCCGUGACACGAGAAAGCGCUCAGCACAGCAAUUGAGUGCGUCCAAGUCUUGAGAGGACGCAUUCUCACCCUCAAAUGUGAUGUUAAUCUGUUAUCUUAUUCACUAGAUAGCAAACAUGACCUUAUUAACCCCUGCUUGCAUAAUAGAGAGAUGAUUUUCUCCCUCCCCCCUUUAUCGAGAACAAGAAGAAUUAUGUCAAGAAUAAUUAGCCAUGACUCGAACAGUGCAUAAUAAUAAUAAUAAUAAUAGAGUGAGAGAGAGAGAGAAUAAGAAUUGAGCGAAAGAGAGAAAAUUACGAAGGCCAAAAAAACUAAUAAUAAAUCACUAAAGACUAAGCCUACAUGACAUAAAUAUACAGUUAUAAGAAACGGAAGCUUGAAAAUGUCGAGUGAUACGGAGGCGUGUUUAUAGAUGUAUAACAAAGGCGCUAUUUAAAGUGAAUUUUGAAUUUCUGUGGGAGAGAGGGAUAGCCGGUGUGGCCGACACUUGCCGCGGCGGUGAUCGAGGUCUGCCGGGGGGGCGACCUCUUGUGCCAAUUGCCAUGUUUCUUCUUCUGUGUCAUCAAAUAAGGGUCAGUAUGGCAUUUAUCUAUUGAGCAUUUUACGCCCUUAUCUACUUAUACUUACAGUCACAAGAUAGGUAGAACCCACCACCCAUGGUGUGUAUACUGCGGCUGGUCCUCCACCACACUUGAGUACAGUACUGUGGUGUAUGCGAGCUGCAGUAUACACACUGCCGUAUACAUUGUUAGUAUACAACCCAUCCUGCAAGAAAAAUUUUGCAUUGUAAGAUUUUAAAUUAAGUUUAAUAUUAUUGUACAUAAGAUAUUCAUAUCAGUCUGUAUGUCUUUUGAGAUUUCUAAAUUAAAACUAUUUGUCUGUAUUUAUACAGAA